UUAUGUUCACUCCCAAGUCUCCCAACUUCAUACAAAAUUUAGAAACAAUAUCAAUUGUUUCCUUUCUUGCUUUGCUUUCCUAUUUUCCUCAUUGUUUCAAAGAUUUCCAGAUUUCAAUCCUUUAUCUCUUCUCCCCUUGCAAAAGAUUCUGGAUUCUACGAAACUCAAAUCUGAAACAAUCGCAAACCAUUAUUAGAGUCGCAUGAUAAAAUUCUCAUCAUCUCAAAUGGGCACUUUUUUUGCCAUCAAUAUAGCUAUUCUCUUCAUGAUUUCUUGCAUGAAUUGUGUCGAUUCUACGGAUAUUAGACCCGCUCUUGAUCGAGUUCUCGGAGAUUAUGCUUUAAAUUAUUAUAACAAAGUACUUCGCAAGACGGGUUCUUUAUACACAAUUAGUUUACCGAAGGAUCUCUCGAGUGUGAAAGCCGAUAUGGUAAGGUUCAGGUGCGGCAGUUUGAGAAGGUAUGGUGCAAGAGUUAAAGAAUUUCAUAUUGGAAUGGGAAUUGCAAUUGAACCAUGCAUGGAAAGAGUAGUAUUAGUUAGGCAAAAUUUGGGUUCGAAUUGGUCUGAUAUCUACUAUAGAAAUUACAAUAUUUCGGGUUAUAAUCUGGUGUCACCAAUCCUAGGCCUUCUUGCGUUUGAUGUGAAGUAUGAUUCAAAUUCUACGGCAAACUUACUAGAAGUUGGAAUCUUCGCGGAACAAGAACCUAUUUCCAUUGAUUUUUCAAAUGUUACAAAAACUGUCAAGAACUCUAUAAACAAGCCAUUAUGUGCUAGUUUUGGUAGGGAUGGCAGGGUUAGUAUAUCCGAUCAGAUUUCUUCCAAUAUUUGCUUAACGGGGAAAAAUGGGCAUUUUGGUUUGGUCAUUGAAACGGCGACGCUACCGAAGACGGGUAAGUUAAGUGAAUGGAAGAUCAUAAUUGGAAGCACAGUUGGUGGUGCAAUUGGUGUGUUGCUAUUAGGAUUGCUGUUUGUUGCUAUGAUUGUUAAGGUGAAAAAAAGAUCUCAAAUGGUUGAAAUGGAACGAAAAGCUUAUGAAGAAGAAGCGUUGCAAAUCUCAAUGGUUGGACAUGUUAGAGUUCCAAUUGCAGGGCCAACAAGAACCCAGCCAAAUCUGGAACAUGCGUAUUCUCCUCCUUGAUAACUCAAGAACUUGAUUUUAGAGAAUUGUAAAAAGUCAUUCAGCUUUAUUUAUUUAUUUAUUUUUUUUUUUGUAUAAUCUUUUUAGAAUUCAGUCCAGAAAACUUCAUGUGCUAUAUAAUUUUCCAAUUUCGAUGGAAUUCAUUGGAUUAUAUGAAUUGGUAUCCCUCCACACUUUUGGCAUUAACCUUUCCAAGGGGGGAAUUCCAUGUGAA